UCGAAACCCGUCUCUUUACGACUGUACAAAGUUCUUGGUACCAUCUUCGACGAUGAAGCUACUCCUGAAGCGUUGCAAACACUUUCAGAACUCUAUGUCAAUAGCAGCUCAUCUGGCUCCACCACUCCCAAGACCAAUGCACAUUUUGAUGGCGCGUUCCUCGAAGAUGAAGAAGACGAAAACGACGAUGAAGAAAAGCGCGCUCAAUCAUCAGUCGGACCCUUGAAAUUUGUGGAAAACACGCCAGGGGAAGCAGCUGCAAGGGCAAGGAAAAAUCUGAAGCGGGAUAUGGAGCUCAGGCUGGUUGAGGGCAGUCGACAUUUUCUGAAAGUCUUGAGUGAAGUUGAUGAGAGACUGGUUGCCCUUCAAAAACACGUCUUGGCAAUGCAUAUGAGCUCGCAAGAAAGACAAGAAGUUGAAGACCGAAAAUCAAUUGUCUCCUUAUUCCUUACACGAUCCACACUCACGGAGGAGGAAACGGAGACAUUGACAUCUGGAGAUGUACCAAUUGGUCGUGUUAUAAUGGCCGGUGAGGACCAUCCGACGAGAGCUGGGGUAAUAUCCACGGCUAGGAAAGACAUCAUGGCAUCUACCGCCUCUCAACUUGAACAAGGCUACGAGAAAAUAUUUCGCUGGUAUUCCUACGAGUUUCGUCAGGUUGGACGCGAUUCUCAGCUUGAAGUGAACACGAUCAUGCGGGAGGACGUCCGUCGCCUACGAAAGAGGCCCGAGCUCCUAAAUGAAUCACUGGCUGCGCUUUCACUCACCCGUCAAACAACACUGACAUCUUCCUUCCUCACUGCCCUUACGCGUGGCGGACCUUCUGGUCUCCCUCGACCUAUUGAGCUCCAUGCUCACGAUCCUCUGAGGUAUAUCGGCGACAUGCUUGCAUGGGUUCAUCAAGCUAUUGCCGCUGAACGGGAGCUCCCCGAGGCCUUGUUUAGUAUCAAGGAAGACGGCCGUUUGAUUGGUAGCGCGAGAGAGGAGCUCAUGGACACGGCGGUGGGGAAAGUCUGUGUCCCUUUGAAGAUUCGCGUACAACAAACUAUCAGGUCGCAAGAAAGUUCGAUUAUGUCGUACAAGAUCGCGAACCUGUUGCAGUUCUACAAGACAACCAUGACGAAGACGAUUGGUGACGAUGCGGUUCUAUCCGUAACAAUUACCGACCUGGCAUACCAGACUCCCUUUGGCUCUAUCGAAGCUCAAUGUCCUUCACUCGCUCAAGCAAUCUUAGAUCUCGAUGAUACAUCCCUUACAAUACCUCCCAUACUCGACCACGUUCAAAUACUUCGUGAGAUCAUGGCAGUGUAUCAUUCGUAUCUCGGAGACGACGAGCUGGACGACGGUCACAACGAAGAUAAUUUGAUUGGUGAUCAUAACAAAUUGUACACAGCCGGGAACACGGGCUUCCUCAAAAUUGGCGAAAUCAUGGUACAGCCAGCGUUAGAUAUGUGUCUUGAUGCAGGGAAAAAGAAGAAGAGGCAAAGGCCUGAAUGGGACAAGGAUGUUUUCGUGUUGAAUUGCUUGAGCUAUCUUUUGAGUGUUCUGGGGCCGUUCGCAUUCACCAAGCCUCAACGAAAGGUGAUUCAGGAAGCAAUUGAAUCGAAAGUUGAAGAGUUGACUGAAGAACAUUACCACGAUAUCAUAACAGAUGCAGGAUUAAACCAAAUCGCCUCCCUAUGCCGGAAUCAUGAUGGCUCGGUAAACUUCGUCUCCUCAUCCUCCCCCCAUUCUCGCCUGACCCUUCAGCGUCUGCAUACGCAGAUACACCAUGCUGCAUCUACUGUUCUUUCUGAAAUACCUCCUGAGAAGGACGCUACAUGCCAGCUUCUGAAUGCUGAUGAAUACAACCAACAUUGGAAGUCUUUGUUAUCUUGGGAGUUGGACCAGUUGGCUACCGAUAAACAGGAAAUCAUGAGUGUUGGAUUGGGACCAAGGUGA